UAUGGAUCAAGCAAAUAAGUUAUAAUACUAAUAACAAGUAGAAAAAUACCUAGAAGGAAAUAAAGUAUAUAGUAUCUUUGAAGAUUUACUAAAAGCCUUAAUUAUUAAAAAACCUGAUGAUCCAAUUCAAUUUUUAAUCAAUAAAUUAUAAGAACCUGAAAGUAUUAUACAAUAUCUAUUAAAGCAAAAAAAAUAUUCAUAAUUGGACCUCCUGGAUCCAAAUUACUUGAACUUUCCCUUACACUUGCUGAAUAUAUGAAUUUCCAUUGUGUUUCUAUUGGUGAUUUGAUUGAAAAAGAGUUAAGCAAAAAAUCAGAAUUAGUAUUAAUAUUAUAUAUACAUCUUAGAGUUAAUAAAUUUAAGAUUCUAUAGAUAAAUUUUAAUAUGUAAGUGAUGAUAUUGUUAUCAAUAUUGCAUUAAAUUAAAUUCAGCAUUUAGAAAAUGACAAAAAAAGCUAUAUUUUUGAAGGAUUCCCAAAAACUAGAGUAUAAGGUUUAGCAUUUUAAAAAGAAGGAAUCAUUCCAGAUGCAUUUCUUAUACUGGAAAUGUCUGAAGAGAAAAUAUAUUAAUGUUGUCUCAAAAAAUUAGACACAGAACCAUUUAGUAAAUUAGACAAAAAAGAAGAAUUAGCAAGAAAUCAUUCAUUAGAAUAUCAAUUGAAUCUUAAAUAAAUUAAGGAAAUUUAUAAAAAUCAAUAUUUCUCUGUUGAUGGAGAAAAAAACUAUGAAUUAGAAGAUAUGGCUGUAUAAUAUUAUAUAUAACCUUAUUUUAGUAACGACUUAAAUAUAAAUUAUAUAACAAUGCACCUACUAGAGCUGGAAGAAUACUUGUUAUUGGUCCUCCAGGAUCAGGUAGAUCUACAUUAGCUAAACAUUUAUGUUCAAGAUACGGAUUUGUCUACAUUUCUACAAGAGAAUUAAUUUCAAAUUUGGUUAAUAAAAAAGGUACUACUGGAAAAGAAGCCUUUGAAAAAGUUAAUAAAGGGGAUCUAGUAGAGGAUAGAAUUAUCAAUGCUCUUAUUAAAGAAAGAAUCAAUUAGACUGAUUGUCAAUUAUAGGGUUAUGUACUUGAUGGAUAUCCAAAAACUGAAUAAUAAUUAGAAUCAUUAAAUGAAUUAAAUAUCUAACCCACUUUAAUUGUUAUUAUUGAUGCUGCUGAUGAUAUUAUCUUAAAAAGAUUAAUUUAACGUAGAACUGAUCCUAUAUCUGGAAGAAUUUACAAUUCUAUUGAUGAAGCAGACAAAGAAGUCAAAUCAAGAUUGAUAAUAGCUCCAAAUGAAAAAAGAGAUGUUGUAUAAUUAAGGUAUUAUGUUAUUGAUGUUCAUUUAGAUUGAAAAGAUGGGAAGAUUUAAAAUAAUUAAUUGAUGGAACACCAAAAUAUUCUUCAGUCAUUUUUAAAGCUUCAGGAGAUGCUUCAUUAAAUAACAUUAUUGAAUCAGUAUGUUAUCAUUUAGAAAAAAUGAAUUGA